AUGUGCUUUUUAUCUAUUCAGGAAGAAGAAGAGAAGAAGUUGCGUUUGCUGAAAAGAAAGAAGGCUGAAAGUAUGCGUUUAUCAGAAAUGGAGAAGAGACAAAAGCAGCGCGUGGAGGAAAUGAGAGAAACUCAAAAGAAGGAAUUACAGAAUAUGGCUUCAGUGUUGCACGGAUUGGGAAUCACUGUUGGUAAUGGCACUAGUCAUGAGAUUCGGGUUGCUUACAAAAUUGCAUUGCUGAAAUUUCACCGAGAUAGAUCUUCAGGAACUAAUAUACGACAGCAAGUUGAAGCUGAGGAGAAACUUAAGCUUAUUUCUCGAAUGAAGGAAAAAUACUUACCAACUUUAUGA